UGUUGUUACAGUCGGACUACCGGCGCCGCGCCGCGCUGCGCUUCGCCCAGCGGACCCAGAAGAACUUGAUGAAAAGUGGCUUAAAUCCAGGCAACAUGAAGUUCCGAGCUAAGAUGGUAGACAUCGGGUGUGUGAAUCAGUUCAGCCGUGUCGUCAACACCAUAUCCAAGCUGACAAAGACGUGCGUCCUGCGUCUGACCCCCCACCACCUUUUCUUCAUCCUGUCUGGGAAAGUGGCCAAUGGCGGUGUCAGCAUGUGGUGUGAACUGGCCCAGGCUAAGUUCUUUGAUGAGUACCAGUUGGUGGGGCUUUCUGCGGAGGCCAAUGAGGUCUGUCUGGAGGUGACUCCAGAGAAUCUGUCCAGAGCCCUGAAGACGGCACAGACGGCAAGAGCCGUCAAGGUCAAACUGACUAAAAAACACUGCCCCUGUCUCACCAUCAUCGCUGAACUGCCCACCAUGUCCAGCAUCAGCCGCAUUGUCACUCACAAUAUUCCUGUGGACAUCAUUCCCAGACGCCUGUGGCACGAGCUGAAAGAACCCGGCUUGCCGGACUUCGAUGUUUGCAUCUACCUACCUCCUCUGAAGACCAUGAAGAACGUGGUGGACAGGAUGAACAACCUCUCCAACUUCCUGGUGAUGGAGGCUAACAUGAAUGGAGUGAUGAACCUGAAGAUAGAGACAGACCUGGUUUCUGUCACUACUCACUUCAGAGACCUGGGCAACCCUCCCUGGGCUGCCGCUGAUUCCCAGGGCGAAGGUCAGUCUCAAAGGGAUCCAGAGGCGAUGGCUCGGGUCCGGGUGGAAAUUAAGAAACUCCAGCAGUUCUUGAUGGGUCAGCAGGUCAACCCCAGCAAGGCCAUGUGCAGUAUCGUCCAUCAGAAAGUCGUCCAUCUGAUUCUGCUGCAGGAGGACGUCUCCCUUCAGUACUUCAUCCCCGCUGUGGCCUAACGCAGACGCCACGCAGCACCGAGCUCCAGCUACUUCUUGAUCACAAACUCGUCUCAUCUCAUCUCAUCUCAUCUUCAGCCACUUCUCCGGGGUGGGUUCGCGGUGGCAGCAAGCUGAGUAGGGCACUCCAAACAUCCCUCUCCCCAGCGACACCCUCCAGCUCCUCCUGGGGGCCCAAGGUGUUCCCAGGCCAGAUUGUAAGUGUAGUCCCUCCAGCGAGUUCUGGGUCUACCCCAGAGUCUCCUCCCAGCUGGCCGUGCCUGGAAAACCUCCAAAGUAACUGUUGAAAGUAGUAUUUGUUUCUGAAUGUAAA